CCAAGCACUAUCCAUUUUGGGACAGUUUUCAGCAAGUUUGAUAUCCAAGGGCAAGGCCUCAUCAUUGGAGUGUUGCUAGCCCUCUACUUUAUUUUCCUAUUGACUGCAUUAUGGGCUCACUAUAUGGACAAAAAAUCAGUGUUUCAGGUAAUAAACUUCUACCCUUAUAUUAUUUGAAAAGCAUUUAACCAUAUAAUAUAAGAUUAAUUUUAAAAAAUAUUCAUAUGCAAUAAAAUAGGUACGAAAUAUUAAUUAUAAAGGGAUAUAAAAUCAAAUUCUUUAGCUACCCACGGCAGAUUAUCACGUCAUUACUGGUAUCAUUGUUCAAUAGCAAUUGUUCAAUAGCUAAUUAUGUUUUCAUAACACAACCAUACCCUGUAAUUAUGAUAAAAUGCAGUUUUAAAAUUAGCAAACUGUGGGGAAAUUCGGUGGCAUUCGUUUGUAGUCUAAGUAUGAUAAGUCAGUUAUGUAUCAAUCAAUCUUUCAUGAUAAAAAAGAUCCUUGAAAAAUUCUAACCUUAUUUUGAUGAAAAUUGAGGAAGUGGGAUAAAAGAGCUGGUUUUUUGUGCCCUACAAUUUAAUUGUUAUGCUGGGAAUGGGGACGGAAAACAUUAAAAACUAAAGAAGUUUUUGUCAUUGAGAAAUCAAAUGUCUUGAAGAUAUUUGCUGGAAUUUAGUACAAAAUAAAUUAAUGCGUUUUAAGAAGUGUAUUUCUUCAAAUAAAAACUAAACUAAUGUGGAGUUUCACUAAUGUGGAGUUUCACUAAUGUGGAGUUUCACUAAUGUGGAGUUUCACUAAUGUGGAGUUUCACUAAUGUGGAGUUUCACUAAUGUGGAGUUUCACUAAUGUGGAGUUUCACUAAUGUGGAGUUUCACUAAUGUGGAGUUUCACUAAUGUGGAGUUUCACUAAUGUGGAGUUUCACUAAUGUGGAGUUUCAUUAAUGUGGAGUUUCACUAAUGUGGAGUUUUAAUAACAAAAUUAUUAUAUUUCAGUGGGGCGUUUUUCCCCUGUCUGACAACUAUGCUGAUGACAAUUAUUUCUACCUCCUAACCGUCCACACUGGCCUACGGCACACAGCAGGCACAAAGUCUAAAGUUAGUUUCUGUUUGUCUGGGGAGCAAGAUGAGACCGGGGUCAGAAUUUUAUCAGAUGGUGUAAGAGAGGUAAGCUGGCUAUAAGGUUAUUCUUUGAAUCACUUGUGGAAUGUGUGGCAAGCCGAUCACCUUUUAAUGGUUCUCUUAGAGGACAUAGUUAAUAAAGCAAGUUAUAAACCCUAUGGACGUACAAUUUAAAACAUUUAUAAACAAUACUUCAAAUUUAUAUAGUUGCUCAAAUAUAAGGAUUAUAUCUUGCGUCGUUCGUAAGUAUCAAUUUUUAACCCUGACCACCGAACAAAAAUCAUUUUCCAUCGUAAACAACAGGGAUUUCCAGCUGGCAGUGAAUAUCAUUUCGUGAUGGCAUGCCCCAUGAACAUGGGGGAGCUCCAAUGUCUGAGAAUCUGGCAUGACAACUCAGGCAAAGGAACUAGUGCAUCAUGGUUCUUGGAUCGGGUUGAUGUGAUGGAUAUACAAACUGGGAGAGUGUGAGUCCGUCAUCCUUAUAUUGGAUCGAUAACUAAUGAAGUUAACUUAUAAAAAAACAAUGCUACUCGGUAAAUUAAUUUUUUUAAAUUAGAAAAAUACUUAUUCAAAAUUAAAUUUAAAAUCAAUGAUGGGGCAGGGGAUUUCCACCCCUAGUUAGUGAAGUUAUCUUCUUGUAAGUAUAGUAAAUAACUCUGUGAAGUAAAAUUAAUAAUAAUAAUGGCUUCAAUGAGCAUUGCUUUUUUUCUGAUUAUACAUGCCUCUGGUCCACUAGUCCAACUGGUAGACUACAUAUGCAAAUAUAUCAGACAGCAGAUAUACUGUGGCUUUUUGUUUAUAUUUAUCAAUAAGGUUCUUAGUCCCAGAUCUUUCGGUAAGAUGACACCAAACAGAAAGUGCAAACAAAUAUUUAAUGAAUCUUUCCUAAUACUCAGGCCUGAAUUCUGGGGAAAAUGGGUUUGGUUUAUAUCGCCUGAAUCCGUCUGACACAGUCAAAAAUAAUUAGUUGUUCUAAAAUGAUCAAAAUUAGAAGAAAAAAAAAUGUUUUCCGUCAAAGUGUUUUAACAAGCUGCACAUGUUUACGGCAUAGUUCUUUAGAUCUUGAUUUCAAAUAAUUUACCUGGUAAAUAGUUAAGUUUCAAAAAUAUUUUUUUUUAAAUGUGAUGAGUUCUUUUACAUGAUAUAUUUGCAUGAUAUAUGGGAUCUGAUACAUUUUUAUAAUACCAAUUUUAACUCCAGGUCCAUAUUUAAAUUCUAACUAAAAUAUAAGACGACAAAAACACUGGUAUUUCCUUAUUACAUUUAGUUUAAAAAUCAAAACCAAAACGAAUAUAUUAACUAGUCAUUUCUAAAGCUACCUGAAGAACAAAGCAAUGCAGACCAAAAAAAAAAAAUUAAUUAGUAAAACCAGCAAAACUACUACAUGCCAAUUAUUGAAAUGACAUUUAUUUACUAUAUUCUUUCAUUAAAGUUCAAAGAAAUAAUAUGUUUAACCGGAAAUUCAUUCACUAAAUGGCAUUAAGUAUGAUCUAUUGAUAAUGUGUCAAUAAUUUUAAAUGCUUCAAUGCAUUCUUCAGUUCCUACUUUGUCUGUGAGGAAUGGCUGACACCAGAAAACAACUGUCUGGAUAAAAUGAUUGAAGCAUCUGGAACUGAAGGUCUGGACACUUUGAAGAGCCAGUUUUUCUCAAACACGAAAAAGCACAUUACAGAUGAUCAUUUGUGGGUCUCACUUUUCAUUCGACCACAAAGAAGCCGUUUCAGGUGGCUGAUUUUUAGAUUUACCUUUAUGUACCAGUGACUUUCUUCUUUCUUUUAUUUAUUAAUACCACAAAAAAUAAGGUGAAUUAUCUACCCCAACCACAAAUAGAGAUUUUAAAGCUUUAAAGAAACAUUUGAUAUUACAAUAGUUUUCUUUAAAAAGAAUAGAGGUGAUAGAAAUCUGUUUUUCCUGGCUUAUACCUUAGGGCAACAGCAAAACUGAAAAUAUUUUGAGAGCAUUCUUCUUCAUUUCUAGUCGAUAACACCUAACAAAUGAAACACUAAGGGUAAAGUUUGCUUAAGACGAACAUGUUUGCAAUUCUGUUUUCCUUUUCAUGUAUUGUUUUCCUGCGUCCAGCCGUGUUGAAAGAGUUGGGUGCUGCCUUGCAUUCUUUCUUUUGGCCAUGAUCACAAGUGCAAUGUUUUAUGUUGGAGCCCCUGAUGUCAACAGGAAAAUAACUAAGGUUGAUUUUGAAAUGGGACCUAUCAGACUUAAAUACCAACAGGUAGAUUUUUUUUUCAACAUGUACGCUCUUGCCCAAGUUGAAAAAAAAAAAAAAAAAAAAAAAAAAAAAAAAUUUUUUAUUAAGAGCUUGCCAUUACCUACAUCUUCUUAUCGGAAUUGUAUAUCAAAACAAAAGUGGUUUAAUAUAAUGAGAUUAAGAAUUUCCAAUAGUAAUCUUAUUUUAUUAUUUAUUUUUUAAAGCUUCAAUGCCCUGUGGAAUGAAAAAUAAUGUUCAUGCAUCCGCAGCUGUACUUCUCAUUUGUGUCCGCGAUCAUAACAGCCAUACCUCUGGUACUAAUAAUGAUGAUCUUCAGAAAAGCCAAGACCAGAACUGAAACAGAAGUGUGCAAGAACGUUAAACCUGGACAAGUUAAAAAAAACUGUAAGACAUGAUCAACACGUUUUUUGUUUUUUUUUUAUUUUUAUUUUAGGAAUAGCUUAGACGCCAGAGUUUCAUGUAUUCUCUCAUUUAAAAGUCUACGAUUUCAUGAGAAUGACAUUAGCUUUAAAGAUUAGUUUAUUAUAAGCAAAAGCUUAUAAGCAGAUUAAUGAGACACAAAAAUAUUAAAUAUUUAUCAAUAAAAAAUUAUAUGUUAAUCUCUCAUAUUUAGAAUAAAAUGCACAUUGAAAAGUUUCAGCAAAUGCCUUCAUCAAUACAACAAAUUCAACGAAAAACAUUUAAUAAAAUUUAAAAAUUAAUUUAUAUAAAAUAUCUAUAUCCUACAUAGCCUAAAAAUAAAAACACAAUUCCUUAUCGAAAAAAAGUUCAGAGAACGUAAAUAAUUGAAUGGAAGUAUAAUAUAAAAACCAAACAGGGAAAUGACAUUGCAGCUAUGAAAAGAUGUGAAUUUUGUUUAUGCCGUUAGGAGUCAAAAUACACAAGCUUUUUUCAUUUGUGUUCCAAAUAAAUUCUAUCACGUGUAUUACUCACUUCAAAUAUACCAAUAAUUUCAAGAUCUAAUUAUGGUUAGUACUAUUUAAAUGUUACGAAACGGUACAAAGGGCUUUCUUAUUGAUGUUGCACAGGAGCUUUCUAAAAUGGUCUCCGAGGCCUGUAUCCCGAACGUAAGAUUUUCCGCAUUCUUUAUAAAGGAUGGUAUUAAUCACCUUGCGACUUGUGCAAGUCAAAAGAUUUUUGAUUCAGAAUAUUUCCUGAGGGAAAGUUAUCUUAUCAAAUUUGAUCACUUAAGAACAUGUGUUAGAAUGUUUGCAGAAUUUGGUACCAAAAUGUGCUUUAAUUUUAGGGAAAUGGCUUCCGACAAACUUGUCCCUAAGGCUAAUAACUUUCUGAAAGCGAAAGGAGGUGGGUUUUUUUAACCUGUUUUUAAGAACUUUAUAACAUACCAUGAGGCUGUGGGGAUGAAAAUACAUAAUGAAUCUGAAAGAUUAGUAGUGUUUCCUUGACACGAUUUUUCUGGAGGCUAUAGUUUGCAAAUAGGGAGAAAUAAAUUGCGCUUUAUCUGCAUGUCAUUAAAAUAAACGGUUUGUUUCUGACAGGCUCUAAUAGUAAAGUUACUCCAUCCGAAACAUCACAUGUGAAAAAAAACAAAAAACCUGCAUGUUGCAGUCCACCUUGGAUGCACAAACUAGAGGCACAGCUGAAUGCAUUGGACAAAAUAAUGAUGCUGAAACCAGGUGAAGGAUAUGUCAAAUUGAUAUAUUUUCAUUGGAAUUUUCCCAAAGCCUUUUUAAACAAAUUAUAUAGUCAUUCAGUGGAAUAAGUUAAUUAAGAAAAAACACUUUAUUUCAGCACCCCCAUAUCAUAAACCUAAAUACACAAAAUAUCUGCAUGAUAGUGCCACUAAAUAUUUUUUUUUCCUACAGGUGUUGAUGAUAUGAAAGAUACAUGGCCAAGGGCCCUGCGAUAUUUAGCCUGGAUCAUCAUUGUAGCAUCAGUUGUUGUCAGCAGUUUUUUUGUCAUUCUCUACACCAUGGAGUGGGGCAGAGAUGUGUCCGAGGAAUGGCUGUCUACUUUCUUCUUGGCCUUUGUACAGUCUCUGUGUCUCGUUGAUCCAUUUAAGGUAACUGAUUUCAGCCAUCAUAUCAUUGCAACCCUGGUGAAAACAGUCAUUUUAGGGCUUGACAUAAUUUUCUUUCUGAUAUUCUCCAAGCAUGGAAAAUUAAAAUGCUCUUUUCUUUUAUCUUUAUCGCAAAAUAUUUGUAUAAUCUAGAAGGGUGAAGUUAGGAAAAUUUUACGGUAAAAAAAAAAAAGAGUGGGGUGGGGGGGUAAAAAAAAAUUUUUGAUCAUUAAAAAAUUCAAAAUUGGAAAACCUUUUCAUUUUCAAAGUAUGUCAACUUUUCCCAACCACAAAAUUGUUUCAUCAGGUACUGAUGUUUUCUGUGUUUCUUUCCAUCUUCAUGAGAAAAUCCAAUGUAAGAGGAGCGGAUCAGCUAAAUCUUAAGCUCAUUUAUGAUGUUAACAAGGAAUAUGGUAUCAAGGAAAGUAAGUUCAAAUGGAAGAACCGGUGUCAAGUCAAAGACUGUUGACAUAAAAUAAUUAAACUGUUAACAUUAAAUAAUGAAUCUAGCGUCAAAAAAAAAAUUGUUUGUCUUACAUUUAUAGGGUAGACAAAUCGUAUAUAUUUUUUGUAAUGGUUUGUAUUCAUUUCUUCUUCUUAUUAUUAUUAUUAUUGUGCAUAACUCUGCAUUCUUUACACGCAGUACCAAAUCCACCAAGGAUAUAUUCAUCCUUUACAUCCCCACUGUCCGAAGCUGAGCUGAAGGCGGCCACACUCAAGCGUAAAAUUCACAUAAUGAUAAGAGGCACGCUGAAGGAAUUUGUCAUUCAUUGUGUUUACCUACUCAUUGUCAGCAGCAUCUGUUACUCCAAUCGCAGUAGCAAUGAUUACCACAUGUUUAAGUUAGUCAAAAACAAACUUAUUGGGGAUACAAAAUCUGGAUUUUUAAGUGUGAGUAUUUGCUUUUUGGGAAGUGUUUUUAAAAGCCAGGAGGCCAGACAGAGGUCUGUCAAAUUAUUUGUUUUUCUCAAAGGUUUCACUAAAUAAACAUAGCUUUCAUAUUCCUCCAAAGCUGCAUUUACCCAUGUAAUAUUUAACUCAGCCAAAACAAAUUAAAUGUAUUAACUGUACACUGGUGAUUCACCAGUUGUAGCUGAGACAACUAAAAUUGGUCAAGAAUAUUUUCUAAUGUUUUUUAACAAAGAAAAAUGUAAAGAUCAGCUUAAACGAUUUGACCUCUUUUUUAAAUCUUUUAUACUAACAUCACUUUUGUUUGUGGCUGGCUGGCAAAAAUCUUGGGACCGCUAAUUCACCCCCUUCCCGUCCACCUAUCGGGUGGAAACUUCGCACAUUGACUCAUUGCCAAUGACAAAAAUUUCUGUCAAAUUUUCAUCCCCACCCCCCAACAAUAGCCCCCCCCCCAAAAAAACUGGCAAAAAUCUUGGGACCGCUAAUUCCCCCCCUUCCCGUCCACCUAUCGGGUGGAAACUUCGCACAUUGACCCAUUGCCAAUGACAAAAAUUUCUGUCAAAUUUUCACCCCCCCCCCCCAACAAUACCCCCCCCCCCAAAAAAAAAACAACAAAAAAAAACAAAAAAAAAAACAUUUUUUGUUUUUUUCAAAGGGAAGUUGAAGGAACUAUCAUUUCAAAAAAUAAAAUACCCAUUAACUGCGCCAAUUGAGAUUCUUUCAAAACAAAUAUCGCCACUGCGUUUGGUGCUUAAUAUUUUUAUUUUUUUAAAUAGUUGGUUAAAUAAAUCUGCAGUGUAAAAGCGGGUGGGUCAUUUAAUAGUAAAAUAAAACAAAAUACGUAUAAAGGAUUUACACCAAAAACAAAAUUGCUUUUAGGCAUUGUUUCAAAUACGGUCACUUGUAACAACGCCCGCCUUAGGUCAACUUUCGCAGUAUGCGAAGCAACCGUUCGGCGCCAACUUCCCUGUCCUUGUACGGCUUUACAUUUUUUCCGAUGACGUGUUAUGGUGCUAUACAUGCAGCUAACCAUACGCAUUUUAACAUGCACAAUAGUUUAGACUGUUUAGCUAUAUCUACGGUGUUUUAUUCCAUUUCCACACCACCUUAUGGGUCGUCCAAUAUCUGCCCCUUUUAGGUAGGAAUCAUCGCGCGUUUUUGUUAAGGGAGUAUCCCCCAGGCGCCCCGAUGGCCACGGCGCCCCGUGCGAGGGCACAGGUGGCACACUCUAAAGGCCGGCGUUUAUUGUAAAUAAUUGAUUUUAGAAAUAUUUGAGUUAGAUCAUUAAUUUGAAUUUUUAAAAAAAUUAUAAGUUUAUCUUUAAAUGUCGCCUGCAGGUAAAUUCAUCGAGUCUCUACUUUGAUUGGAUCAAAGAUAAUCUCACCACAUGGCUGUUUCCUGAAACGAUGGACAUCAAUAGAACCCUUUUUCCGGAUAAAGCAUUGUAUACAUCAUCAUAUGACAUAUAUCGGCUUGGAAGCACAAGAAUAAGACAACUACGCAUGAAUAUUGGUUAGGAAAUAUUCUAAUUCAGUAUCUAGUUCAAGAUACUUAUUAUACAUUUAAUGAAUUUAGAUUUCUUAUUCUCAGGUUACAUGUUCUUAAAUUAGAAUGGAUAAAUAAAUAGGGGAACACUAAAAAAGUACAGGCUGGGCCAAUAAAAGUGAGAACAUCUCGUAGCAUAUGAGUUAUUUCAAAAUAUAAUUUAAUUAAUUAUAAUUCUUAAUGGAAUUUUUUUUUUUUUUUUGCAAAAUAUUUAGCUAAUCAGAAAUCAUUUUCAAUGUGUCCUCCUUGCUUCUCAGCGACUUUAAGCUAGUAUGGGUAUAGUUAAACUAAAUUUGAUUUGAUUAAAUCACAUUUUACGAGAUGUUCUCACUUUUAUUGGCCCACCCUGUAUGUCAAUCUCAAUGUCAAUGAAAAUCACAUUAUAACACUUACAAAAAUUAAUAACUAUUCAAUCCAAAAUAAAAUUAAUUGAAUAUUAUAUAUUCUUCACAUCUGCAUGUACUCACAUAUUAGUAGCAAAGUUGUUUUUUAAAAUGAUAUUUUAAGCAUCAAUUUAUGCUAGACUCAUCUAAAGGACAGGAAUGUUAACAUAAUAAAUAGCCCACCUUACUCUCAAGGAUAUAAGAAACACAAAAAAGACAUGUGAUUACGUGGUAAGGAAAAAUAAAAUUACACAAAACAACAUAAACAUCAAAAAAACUGUUGCUUCUUAUUUUUCUCGCCGAAGAAAGCUUUUUGUCAUGUAUUUCUUUUUUUUUUUUUUUUUUUUUUUUUUUUUUUUUUUUUUUGGGCUGUUUUUUUUUUUUUUUUUUUUUUCUUUUUUUUUUGUUUGUUUGGGCUGUCUUAUUUUAAGUCUUCCUUGACCCUCAUGUUUUAGAUCGUUAUCAUUGGCGGCUACAUUAACCCUCAUUCUAUUAUCAGUACACCAGGAAAUGAUGUACCUAUUAAUGAAUGAAGGGAGUCAUUUAGAAGCCGACCGCAUUUCGGUUAGGAUUUGGGGAGGAACUUAUGAUCAUUAAACGUAGUUUCGGUUUUUUGCCAAAAGUGAUUUAGGCUUUCGGUCGUCUACCAGAAGUCACAUAGAUGGUCAGAAAUACAAUCUCUUAUAUAUAUAUUGUAUGUAUGGCAUCUUUCCGUCUGCGGGAGACAAUAGAUUAUCUUUAUUGCUUGCAGCUCUUGGUGUGCCUGGUGAGACCAAUCCUCGAAUGGCAGUCUCUGUUGCAUUUCCCACACACGCAUGCGGUGGAGCAGUAUUUACCGGCCUUCCUCCUCGCUCUUUUUGCAGCUGUUUCCGCCCUGUUUUGCUCCUCGGCAUGUCGUGAUCCUGCCUUCACGAUGCCCCGCCAUGAGGAUUGAUCCUCUGCCAGCUCCUCCCAGUUUGAGAUGUCGAUGUUAGCCGACUUCAUGCCUCUUUUUGCAUAUGUCUAAGUAUCUCAGACGAGGCCGUUCAACUGACCUUUUCCCUGUCGCCAGCUCGCUGUAUAGCACGUCCUUUGUUAAGCGACCAGGUUGCAUUCGCUUGACGUGUCCAAGCCAGCGGAGGCGUCUUUGGAUUAACAUGUAUAUUUACUUCUUGUGUGGCCUGCCUCCUCUUGAAAACCACCCAACUCCACAUGUUUUAUAUCAAUAGUACCAAGUAAAAGAAAGGCUUUCACGCACCAAGCGUCAUGUGUGACAGUGUAUCUCAAUUAAUUUUUUUUUUCUUUAGGGUGAGGUGACUAUUAUAUUAAUCAAAAAACGAGCCCCAGUUAUGGGGUAAAACUGUCUGUAGGAAUUUCUGUAGUAUCAUUGUUUACAGAGUGGCUGACACGUAGGGUGUGGGACUGUCGGUAGGACUAUUGUUUAAAGACCGACAUAUUUUAUAGAAAAUGAGAAGUUAACUCUUUUCUUUUUUUUUUUUUUUUGGAACACCUGGACCAUACGGUGUAUUUUAUCGAAAUACCCAGACCCGGUGUAAAAAACUGCACCUGGUUAAACCCUAGAAUUCAUUUUUGCUCGACGUCUUGCUGUAAUGGUAUGAUUAUAUGGCUACCCGGUAUUCAUCUCGGAACACCGCUAACAGCUGUAUGAUGAACUAUUUGACCAAUAUUUUCAAAAUUAAAAUUAUAUUUUGGCUGAAAAUCACUUUUAGUAGUUUCUUUAGGACUCUACGAAUCUUUAGGCUAAAAAUCCGAAUCAGCAUUUGGUAGACAUAAAGAUGUUGAAUAUUUAACUAUACAUUUUAAAGGAUAAGAAAAUUUUGAUCUUUUGAGGGGAUUUUUUUUUAUUGAUGAGCAAGUCUUUAGAACAUGGUCAUUCAUUAGAAUGCUUAUGUGAUGAUCUGAGUGCUUUCUUUGCAAGUAAGUUUGGCAAAAGGGAUUUUCAAGAUGAUAAAGCCAAUGUAUAGAGAUUAAUUGGUAUUUUUUGUAAGGUUGAGAUAACAUGAAGCAGAUACUUAUUACUCAGUGGGUAUAUACAUUUAAUUUAACUCUUAUUUAUUACUUAUUUUGUAUGUAUCUUCUAUUCAAAAUAUUAUUUUUUUUAAUUAUAAACAAGAUAAAUUUUAACCAAAUAUUUUUUUCCACAGAUGACUGCUUAUUUAAAGGCAUUGAGUUAAAGAAGUGUGUCCUUGGAUACGACAUCACAAAGGAAGAGAACAGAGAUUAUUGUUUGGGUUGGUUACCUCCACCUUGUUCAGAAAAUUCGUCAAAGAUAAGUUUCUCUAUACCUGCAUGGAAGUACAGUCCAGUUAUGAUGAUUGGUGGCCUUCCUAUAGCUGGUGAAUACAAUGUAUAUGGUGGAGGAGGGUAUCGGACUAACUUAGAGAUUAACCAAAAGGUUUGUUGGUUGCUGAGCCACGCAGUUAAUUUAUAUAAUACUACUGUACUUGUAAUUAGGGAUUUGGAGAAAAUUAUAAAUAAUUUAUCUGUUAAGUUAAAUAAAAAAAAAAUAAUUUUAAUACAGUAAAGUUUUUAUUUACAGACGCACUGAAAACUCAAAACCAAAGUUUUCAAGGAACUCGAUAUGACUGGAAAGCUGAAUUUUUGUCAUAUGGCAGCAGAACUUAUAAUUUUAUCUUUGGUUCUAAAUAAUACCAUAAGGAUUUAAUAGGCGCAUGUCGAAACUCCGAAGGAUGCUAAAUUAUUUUCGGCAAAAACUUCGUCUACCCAAGUUACCAAAUUUUUUAUAACACCAGACUUGAAAAGAGGCGAAUCUGCGCUGAAGGCUUAUUGGCAUUUCACGCUGUCCAGCAUCAUCGCAGCUAUAAAUUAAUGGAUUGCAAUUGUCCCUUAUUAAAAACAAGUUUACCAGUUUCUGAUAUGGCACGCAAAAUCAGUCAGUGUAAUGUAAUGUAAUGUAUACUGGAUAUAAGUUUAUAAUUCUAAUUACUUACAAUAAGAAUAAUAUUUUAUGUAGUUUAACUAUUCUUUUAUAUGUACAACUCUUACAUUAGUGUAGUCCUAUGAUCCGGCUACGGCAGGCCUGCACAACGUGCGGCCCGCCAGCAUCCACUUUGCGGCCCGUGAAGUAACGAAAUAUUCUUUAUUAUUAUUAUUAUUUUCUAAAUCGCUCCCACCCACUGUCCUAUUUUCUUUCGGCUCGCACAAGUUUUUCAUUAAGUAUUACGGCCCGCCUUCCAUUUUGAGUUUUGCAUGCCUGGACUAAGAGUUUGGUAAUCGGAUUGAUAAAAAUUGUGAGUGUGCUCUUUUUUUUAUCAGAGGACUUCUGGAAACCCUGGAAGCCGUAGAAAUAGAGAUUCCUGUACAUCAAUUAAUUUAGUAAAAAUUCUUACGUCUUUAAAAAGUUAUUGAAUUUACCGCCAACUUAUAAACUAAUUUUUUCCCAAGACCGGAAGGAAUAAAUGUCAUGGGGAUAAACUCUUUUGUUAGUCAAUGCGUUGUGCCAAUACUAAGUGUUAAUUGGAGGUUUCCAUUUGGAGCAAAAUAAUAAAUUAAAUACAAAAGGAAUAUAAUAGAGCCUACAAUUCUCACUAAUUUUCGCACUAAAUAACUUAUACAAUGAAAAAGAUCACAACCACUUAAGAUUUUAGCACGCCCAACACGUCAAAUUGAACCAUGUCAUUUUUAUAAACAGGAAUUAAGGCCUGCGUUUUAGCUUGCCCGUAAUAAAAGAGAACCCAGUCUUUGCUGGACAAUAUGAAUUGUUUCAGCUUGGCAAAUUGACUUUCGUGAUUUUUAGUCAGUAAAUGUUGCCUGAAUUGAUCUGUUAAAAAAUUGUUGCCUUUCUUACAUAAAAUUAGUCAAUGUUGAAUUCUGUCAUCCUAGGUGGUAAACAAAGUCGUUGAUGAACUGAGACACAAUUUUUGGAUAGACAGGCAGACCAGAGCGGUCUUUAUAGAAUUCACAGUCUAUUGCCCUAACCUCAACCGAUUUGCUUAUGUCAUCCUUCUGAUAGAGUUUCUAGACACUGGGGGAUUAUUGCCCUUUUAUUCGUAAGUCUUGUGGCGUUUUGGGCCUCCUUUUCAACUGCGUUUUUAUUUGGUUUGUAUUUUAACAAUAUUUAUUAAUUUAAAAAAAGAAAUAUUUCCAUCACAGACUGGCAUUAAAAAAGACACAAUUAUUAGCAAACUUUCCAUUGUCUAACCCAGUGGUUAUCACCCUUCCUAAUACUGUGACCCCUUAAUACAGUUCCUAAUGUUUUGGUGACUCCCCCAACUAUGAAGUUAUUUUCGUUGCUACGUCAUAAAUAUGUGUUUUCCGAUUGUCUUGUAUAAGGGUUGUUCAACCUUCAAAGAUAUCGCAACCCACAGGUUGAGAAACGCUGAUUUAACCAUUAAUUUAAAUAAAAUAAUCCAUUUAUCAAAGGCCUAACUGUGUUUGGUGGUGUUUAAUUUAAAUUGAUGAUUUACGAUGAAUGUGUUGAUUUUUUUAUUAUACCGGUACCUUAUGGCAUAAAUGUAAAUUAAAUUAUUCUUGACUUCAUAAUAUCACUUUUUAUUUAUUGGUUAGCUUCUCAAAAUUUUUUUUUUUAGCAUUUAUCCUUUCACUGUACACGACCCUCCGGGCAUACUUGGCAAGUACUUACAAGCCUGCGAGUUGUUGGGUAUAGUUUUUACUGUGGUUGGAGUCCUGUAUCUUGUCUUUGCUUUUGGAAAGAAAAAGAUGGGGGCACUGAAAGACUUCUGGAUCAUGCUUGACCUUGCUGCCACCAUCUUAGCGAUUUGUGCAGCGUCGAUGUACUUGUAAGUAAACACAGUUCAAAGAAUCAUCAUUACCGAUGAAAGUAAAUAAAAGAACAAGUUAUGUGAAAGCUUUUAAUAGAAAGAUGGGCAAUAAAGGAAGAAUGUUUCAGCUAAGAGAAUUCCUCAGCAGACAGGACAAAUGAAAAUGUGACAAGAAAAAGAAAAUAUAAAUAGUUUAUCUCCUUACUGCCGAGGAAGGCUCUUAGCCGGAUUGUUCUUCUUUUAUCUCCUGUCUUUCUAUUUCAAGUCUCCACAUACCUUAUUCGUUUAUUUCCUUCACACAGCUUGAACAAAGUCCUACAUUUACUAUCUUUUAAUAAAAGAAAAAUAGAAACUUGCCCUUCGCUCAUAUAAGCCUACCAAUUACCAGUGACCAGUGUUUCUUAACACGUGGAGGGAACAACUUUGAACCAAAUAAAAAAAAAAAUUAAAUAUUUUAUUUUUAAUAGCUAAUAUUCUAAAUUAUUUUGUUUUUUAAAAUCUUUUUUUUUUCAAGGUUGCCAUUUAAAUGUUUGUUAACUCAAUGAUAAGAUGACUGGAACUAUUCACAGACAUCCUAUCAGAAUUUAGACAUCUCUCCCAUUUCAUACAGGGACUAAUACCACGCUCAUUUCUCUUGAUUAGCCUGCGUCUCAGCUACACCAAAGCUGCCCUUGCUAAGAUAAAGGCAGACAGAAACCAGUUUAUAAACUUUUAUCAGGUGGUUGUAUGGGACUCUUCUCUCAUGAUAUGUCUUGGUCUGCUGAUCGCUAUUGGUUGUCUGAGACUGCUCAAGUUGGCUGGCUACUCUGAGAAAACUAUGAAAGUAAGCAAGAUUACAGAAAUGGUACUAAUAUGAUAUAGACCAUCUUUAAAAAUUAUAUUUGACAGAAAGGGUAUAAUUCAAAAAUUGAAGGGAAACAGUGCGUUUUCAACAACAGUAACAUGUUUUAAUUAAUAGCGUCUAUCUCUUUCCAUUUAACGAUAUUUGUCACAAAGAAAUUUUGUAUAGAAGUUAUUCAUGAAAAAAUAUGAUCAAUAUCAUAAAGAAUUUUUUUGUGAAUCAUUAUAAUUAUGGGGAAUUAAAAAAAUAUGAACAAUAUUAUUUAGUUGUUGGUUUUUCUUAAUCAUCAUAAUUAUAUGGAAUUUAAAAAAUAUGAAUUAAAGUAUUUUAAAACUUAAGUUUUCAUUAACUCAACGCUUCUAGAAAAAUAUUAUUUUAUUGAAUUUUUUUUUUUACCAGGUGUACCAUGUCCUUUGUUUAGGAGUAAAACUCCUGCCAAGCUUCUUCAUGUUCAUCUUCCUAAUUCUGGUUAGCUUUGCCUUUAUGGGUUGGAUUUUAUUUGGUCGCACCAGUAAAUAUUUCAAGAAUUUCUGGGCAUGCCUUGAAACCCUGUUUACUGGUUUGCUUGGACAUUCAAGUUUCAAGGUGAGUUUUAAUUUGGAAGUAAUUAUUCACUAUUAUUGCCAGCUAUUGCUAAAAAAAAAGUUAUACAUUUAUUAUUUUUAUUUCAAGAUGAUCAAAAUCAAAGUUAUUGACUUUGCAUGUCUAAAUAAAAUAAAAUUAAUAUUUUUCUUAAUUUCCUUGUGUAUAUAUUACGAUUUGAUUUAGAAGCUAUUCAUAUUUUUUAUAAAAAUAUAUAUAAAUUCAUAUAAUAAAUAUAUACAUAUAUAUUAUAUAUAUUUAUUUAUAAAGCUAUAUAUCAUAUAUUUAUAAAUAUAUAUAUUAUAUAUAUAAAUGGUUAAGUUUGUAUGGUGACUAAAUAAAUAUGUGAAAAGGGGAAAAGUUUUUUUUUUAUUCGGAUUUGCAAAAUAAAGUGUUUUGUUUUUCGUUUUUGUAAAAUAGCUUUGACCUUAUGCAUAGUUUUAAUUAUUUGACAUGAUAUAUGCCGUGAUCAAAUUUCCUAUUUCAUUUCAGUUUAAUUAAAAUCUUUAAAUCCGAACAAUCAUGAAGAUGAUUGCUUAUAGGGAGCACUAUUCUGCUUUAGAUUGACAAAUUCUGUCUCAUAAAAGAAAAACUUUGGCCUUUUUACACAGUUGGUAGUUUAUGUGAAUUGGUUUGAGAAAUGCAAACUUUACUGCAAGAAAUUCAUGCUCCCUUAUCAAUUUUGUAAUCUUGAAAGGUUGCAUGAUUUAUUAUUAUUAAUCAUGUUAAUUUAAUGAUUUUAUUUCUUUAUUAUUAUUUUUUUUAUGCAGGAAACUAAUGUCCCUGAAUCGGAUCAGUGGAUCAGCUCAGUCUAUUUCUGCGGCUUUGUUGGUAUUGUUGUUAUUUUCCUGACAAACUUUUUCCUUGCCGUCUUGAUGGACUUACUGAAUGCGUCCAGUGACAGGGCUUGCAAGGGUGAUGAAACCAAAGUUUUUAUAAUGUUAUGGGACCUUUUCUUGAAGUCAAUGGGAAGUAAAAGAGAUCCAUCAGACAGACUAAAGGAUGCGGAAACAGGUGUGAUUAAGAAUUAUUUUGAAUUAUAUUUGUUUGAUAGAAGUAAUUUUUAAAUGUUGCUCAAGUCUGAAAUCAAAUUUUAAGGACUUACAAAAAAACAUACAUUUAACAUUACAAUUUUUAAGAUAGGUUAAAAUUCAAUUUUGAAUUUGGAUUUAAUGAUCACAAAUUCAAUAUCUUCUAAUCAAUAAACUUUAGCUGAGAACACAACAAGGUGUGAAUUCAGUAAUGCUUCAUGUUUAUGGUGUGGUGAUGAUAUAGAAAUUUCGCCAUACUUGGCCCAUUACCCAGAUAAUAAUAGAUUUUUGACAUCUUUUCACUCAUUGUAUAAUUAUAAAAAAUUAGUAGUGACCUUUUUUUAAAUUCUUUGGCCAGGGCAGUUUUUUUCCUCUUUUAGGUAUAAAUUUUGUUUAAAAUGAUUUUUUUUUCCAUUAUAUUUUUCUAUAAAGAACUUCUGAGAACAACAAAAAUAAAGGAGGAGGUAUUAAAUUCUAACCCUGUUGAUUACGCAACAAGACUCAGUAAAAACCUUGCAGUGUAA